CUCAGUUUCCUUGCCUGUAAAAUGGGGAUAAAGACAGUGCCUGCGCAAUGGUGACGAGGCUGUGCUGAGGCGGUGUGUGGCACAGGAGGCAUGCAAAUGACCUUGUAGCAAUGAGUCUGGCAUGUGGCAACACUCCAUUAAGUGACAGUGUCCCUGCACGCCACCCUUGUCAGAGCGUGCCAGAGGAUGCUGAGUAGAAGCAGCUGGUGGAGGAGGAAGGGAUGACCUGAUGACCGCGGGGAUUCACGGGGUGCGAAUCUUGACCUGGAGGGGCCGAGAGGCACACGCAAGUGUCCUUGCUUCUUGAGUGGCGCAUGAACACUGCCACGCUCCUGUGCCUUUGAUGGCACACUGUGGGAAGUGGGCCCUCCCCCACCCUGCCACCCUUCUGCUUCUCUUCCCUUGCUCUGAAAAGAGAAGUACACGAGUGAGUUCCCCCAAGGGGUCGGCCGCGCCCCUUCCUGUCUCCGCCCUGCUGGCUGCCCCAGGCCAGUAGACUGGUAGCCCGGGAGCAGGACAGCAGGUUGGCGCUGAAGGAGGCCUGGGCUCUGAGAGCCUUACUUGAGGCUCAGCCCUAGAGUUUUUCGUGUGCCUGCCCAGACCAGGCUGUUCCCUCCACAUUUUCUGCAGCCAACCCAGCAAGAGCCCAGGAUGGUGAGGUGGUUUCACCGCGACCUCAGUGGGCCUGAUGCAGAGACCUUGCUCAAGGGCCGGGGAGUCCCUGGGAGCUUCCUGGCCCGUCCCAGUCGCAAGAAUCAGGGGGACUUCUCCCUCUCAGUCAGGGUGGAUGACCAGGUGACCCAUAUUCGGAUCCAGAACUCGGGGGACUUCUAUGACCUCUAUGGAGGGGAGAAGUUUGCGACGCUGACAGAGCUGGUGGAGUAUUACACCCAGCAGCAGGGCAUCCUGCAGGACCGUGAUGGCACCAUCAUCCACCUCAAGUACCCGCUGAACUGCUCGGACCCCACCAGCGAGAGGUGGUACCAUGGCCAUAUGUCUGGAGGACAAGCAGAGACACUGCUGCAGGCCAAGGGCGAGCCCUGGACGUUUCUUGUGCGUGAGAGUCUCAGCCAGCCUGGCGAUUUCGUGCUCUCUGUGCUCAAUGACCAGCCGAAGGCUGGCCCCGGCUCCCCACUCAAGGUCACUCAUAUUAAGGUUAUGUGUGAGGGUGGACGCUACACCGUGGGUGGCUCAGAGACCUUUGACAGCCUCACAGACCUGGUGGAGCACUUCAGGAGGACGGGGAUUGAGGAGGCCUCGGGGGCCUUUGUCUACCUGCGGCAGCCUUACUAUGCCACUCGGGUAAAUGCAGCAGACAUUGAGAACCGGGUCUUGGAACUCAACAAGAAGCAGGAGUCAGAGGAUACGGCCAAGGCCGGCUUCUGGGAGGAGUUUGAGAGUCUGCAAAAGCAGGAGGUCAAGAAUUUGCACCAGCGCCUGGAAGGCCAGCGGCCGGAGAACAAGAGCAAGAACCGCUAUAAGAACAUUCUCCCCUUCGACCACAGCCGAGUGAUCCUGCAAGGACGCGACAGUAACAUCCCUGGGUCUGACUACAUCAAUGCCAACUAUGUUAAGAACCAACUGUUAGGUCCGGAUGAGAACUGUAAGACCUACAUCGCCAGCCAGGGCUGCCUGGAGGCCACGGUCAAUGACUUCUGGCAAAUGGUCUGGCAGGAGAACACCCGCAUCAUCGUCAUGACUACCAGGGAGGUGGAGAAAGGCCGGAACAAGUGUGUCCCAUAUUGGCCAGAGGCGGGCACGCAGCACGUCUACGGGCUCUACUCCGUGACCAACAGUAAAGAGCACGACACUGCAGAGUACAAACUUCGCACCCUGCAGAUCUCCCCGCUGGACAACGGCGACCUGGUUCGGGAGAUCUGGCACUACCAGUACCUGAGCUGGCCUGACCAUGGGGUCCCCAGUGAGCCCGGUGGUGUCCUCAGCUUCCUGGACCAGAUCAACCAGCGGCAGGAAAGUUUGCCUCAUGCAGGACCCAUCAUUGUGCAUUGCAGCGCUGGCAUCGGCCGCACAGGCACCAUCAUCGUCAUUGACAUGCUCAUGGAGAGCAUCUCUACCAAGGGGUUAGACUGUGACAUUGACAUCCAGAAGACCAUCCAGAUGGUACGGGCACAGCGCUCUGGCAUGGUGCAGACAGAGGCACAGUACAAGUUCAUUUAUGUGGCCAUCGCCCAGUUCAUUGAAACAACCAAGAAGAAGCUGGAGAUCAUACAAUCCCAGAAGGGCCAGGAGUCGGAGUAUGGGAAUAUCACCUACCCUCCCGCUCUGAGGAGUGCCCACGCCAAGGCCUCGCGUACGUCCUCCAAACACAAAGAGGAGGUGUACGAAAAUGUGCACAGCAAGAACAAGAAGGAAGAGAAAGUGAAGAAGCAGCGGUCCGCAGACAAGGAGAAGAACAAAGGUUCCCUCAAGAGGAAGUGACCUGGGCAUUCGUCUGCAAGUGGCCACGCAUCAGCCUUAACCCCUGCAGAGGCCUCCACUGGACAGAUCAAGACCUGCCGCCCACACCAGAACCUAGGACCACCCCCAUCCUCUUGUAAUUUAAGUGACUGUGGUCCUCUGAACUUGUAUAUAGCUCAGCAAGUCCUCAGGCAGAGCCAGACCCUCCUAUUUUUGUAAAUAAAGCCCCCGGACCACGGUGUGUUGCCUCCAA